UUGACAUUCAGAUACUAAGUAAAGAUAUAUGCAUGCCGUUUCAUAUCUAUAUGUCAUUGAUAAGGUAUAACCUACUAAAUAAGAUAUACAAAAUGGCAACUUGUAAACAUAACAUACUUUUACUGUGUGCACUGGUGGUCUUUACCAUAUGCCACUCUACAUCCGGGCAAGAAGGUACACGCUGUACAACACAAGCUGAGUGCCCGGAUGGCUUAUGCUGUGUACACAAUCCGUUGACAAAACCGGAAACUAGGAAGCGCUUCCUUUUUGAAACAUACACACAACAUGACCAUGGCUUUUGUAGAAGGGCUCGACAAUUCAAUGAAACGUGUUGGCCUUUAGGUCACGACGGUAAGAACGCUCAGCUGUUCGAGUUUUUCUGUCCGUGUGUGUCUGGACUCGAGUGUAGAGGGUUGGUAGUCCACGAAAGUAACCAUCAGAUCAUUCAUCGCUAUCCAAAAUGUCAAACGCCAGAAUCGAAUUUGAUUGAUAAUGGACAAACGCCGUCUGGGACUGAAUGUAUGUCUGACAGCGAAUGUGGCAGUGGCAUGUGUUGUGUCAGCUAUCCAAUGGACAAGAGAAGCCAAUCACAAGGUCAUCAUGGCUACUGCAGAAAUGAACGAAAACUCAACGAAACUUGCGAUUUGCAAGACACUUUGACCCACGACUUUCAGUGUCAGUGCCAGGCAGGCUUAGAGUGCCGUGGAACCCAGGUGCACCAUUUCGGACAGCAAACCGUCCAUGUAAACACAGUAUGUCAGAAACCACUGUCCGGAUGAACUGAACAGAUCUUGAUACUGCUUAUAAAAUGUUUUAUUAAAAAGGCAGUAACUGCAUGCAAAUAAAAUUGACAAUAAUGAAGCCACUUCAAA